UAUUAAUAUUAAUAAUACUCUCUCUCUCUCUCUCUCUCUCUCUCUGUGUGUUUACAUUUGAAAGCAAAAACAUUUUCAGAAUCCGUGUAAAAAAGAAAAACACUUUCAUUGUUUCUGGUGCUUUUCUCUUCCUCCUCUCUCAGGAAUAGAUGGGCAGGGGAGGAAAGAUGAGUAGCAAGAGGAAUUUCAGGAGAAGGGUCAGGUCUGAAGAUAAGGGUUCUGAUGAUUCAGAUGAGGAUUAUGUGGUUUCCAAUGAAGAAAACGUGGUCUCAGAUGGUUCUGAUGAGGAUUAUUGCUCUUCUUUAGAUGGAUGUGCUUCAGAAGAGAGUUUUGGUAAGUAUAUUGAAGAGGACGAGGAGGAGGAGGAAGAGGAGGGGGUGGUGAGGAAGGUUGUUAGAUCAAAGGCUAGAUCAAAAGUGCAAAAGGGUCGGUCGGGGCAGCAGAAAAUUGUAGUGAAAACAAAGAGAAAGAGGAGAAGGGUUAUGAGGGAUGAUGAAGAAGAGGAUGAGGACGAGGAUGAGGAUGAGGAUUAUAAAGUUGAUGAUGAUGAUGAUGGGGAGGAAGAGGAGGAGGAGGAGGUGGAGGUGGAGGUGGAGGACGAGGAUGAGGUAGAGGAGCCAGAUUACGAGGAUGAGGAAUUUACCCCUGAUGAAGAUGAUUGUUCAGAUGCGGAAGAGGAAUUGAUGCGUAGAAAGAAGAGAAAUAAUAUGAAAGUGAGCAAGAGAGGCUUGCAGAAAAAGGGUCCUGUUAGAGGUAGGAAAAGGAGAAGGAACCCUAAGGUUCCAAAGAAGCCUUUGGGUAAUAAAAGAAGAAAGAAUGGUGGGUUUAGGAGGAAACUUCAAUUUGAUGAUGAUGAUGAUGAUGACGACGACAAUGACAACAAUGAUGAUGAUGAUGAUGAUGAGUUUGUUAAUAAUAGACCGGUUGUGAGAGAGAGGAGCAAGAAAAUAUCAGGUCGAAGACGGAGGAGGUAUGUUGUUUGUUUGGAUUCAGAUUUUGUGUCUUCUGGAUCAUCUGAUUGUGAAUAUACCAUUUCCGAGGAAGAGAAACAUACUAUCUCUGAAGAAGAGAAACAUACUGUCUCUGAAGAAGAGAAACAGCCAGUGAGAGAAACCAUGGAGUUUUCUAGAAGUUUGAGAACUAGUUUAAGGAGUUCAUCUUUGCCAAGUGGAACUCAGGAGGUCGGGAUUUUACAUCAGCCAAGAAGACGUCUGGUAAGGAAGGGUAAGGAGAAGUUAGAGGAACCUUUGGUUAAGAAGGGUAAGGAGAAGGUGGAGGAAGUGAAAACUGAGGUGGUGAAGCAGGUUUGUGGAAUUUGCCUGUCUGAAGAAGAUAAAAGAAGAUUUAGGGGAACGCUGGAUUGCUGCUCUCAUUAUUUUUGUUUUGCUUGCAUAAUGGAGUGGUCAAAAGUGGAAUCUCGUUGCCCUCUGUGCAAGCAGAGGUUCAAAACAAUCAUUAAGCCUGCAAGGUCAGCAGCAGGAAUUGAUUUGAGAGAAGUGGAGAUUCCAGUGCCUGAGCGUGAUCAGGUUUAUCAACCCACUGAGGAAGAACUUAGGAGUUACCUUGAUCCAUAUGAGAGUGUGAUUUGUACAGAAUGUCAUGAAGGUGGGGAUGAUGGUCUCAUGUUGCUGUGUGAUAUCUGUGAUUCUCCCGCACACACCUAUUGUGUUGGUCUUGGACAGGUGGUACCCGAAGGUAAUUGGUAUUGUAACGAUUGUAGUAGACCCAGUGCUAUGGUAUCUUCAAGUUCCCAAGCACAAGAUCAUCUGCCUGAUCAAAGGAUUAGAAGCAACAUGUCUAAUAGACCCCCACCUCUUGUAAAUAGUAGAGAAGGUUUAGACCUCAAUUCAAUGUCCUCACCAGGUACACCAUUUCCCCAAGGAUUUGGGAAUCUUUCAUCUCCUAGAUUUCCUGUUGGAAGUUCUCCUGCAGCUUCUCCAGUAACUGGAGCAGGGGCACCAACUCUUUCAGGGAGACGCUGGAUACAUCGUCACAUACAACAACUCAUUUCCUCUAAUAGAAAUUCUAUGGCUGGUAGAACUGAUGGGAUGUCAGCUGUCAAUUCAAGUAGUGAUUUUUUAAAUUCUCUAAAUAAUCAAGGCAGGGAUACAACAAGUCAACAAACAAGGACACACGACACAGAGAUGCCAUAUCACAUGUUCUUGGAGGAUAGGUUACGCGACAAUCCCUCUUCAUCAUCCCAAAGUAGGGAUUUCUUUCCCUCAAGAUUAAGCUUUGUGAGAAGGCAAGCAGCUCAGGACCAGACUAUGACAUCUACUGAUAGGUCUUUAAAUGGGACAUUAUGGCCUGAACAGUCAGGGAUGAAUACAAUACCCGGUUAUGAGCAACUCCAUCCAUACAACAGAUCAUCAAACUUUGGGUCUGAUGGUAGUGCAUCACCUUGUACAGUUAGAGAGGGGAUUGAGUUUCACAUGGCAAAGGAACAAUUGCAAUUAAUGGUUAAAACCCAUUUGAAGAGCUUGGCCCGAGAUAUCGAUUUAGGGAAUACUUUCAAGGACAUUGCAAGGAGUUCUACACACACCAUAUUAGCUGCAUGUGGGCUUGAGCAUACGAGGAGCGAGGUUUAUUAUUCCAUUCCCCCACCAUCAGUCUGUUCCCACAUUGAAUUAAUGACAGGUGGACAGACAAGUCUGAUGAAAGGUUGCUGCUCCUCUUGUUUCGAUUCUUUUGUAGGGGACGUGGUGAAGAAGAUCAUGGACGCAAAAAUGCCACCAACAUGGUUGAGUCUAGGUCUUUAGGGAUAUUGAUGCAGCAAGUAUGUCUUGCUGCACAUUUUUUGUUUAGGAGUUAGACAAGAAAUUUGUGGUUAACUUGUUUAUAGAGAUUAUUCACUGACAUUGAACACACAACACUAUUCUUACUCAAUUAUUUUUAUAGCUAAUAUUCAAGAAGUCAAAUUUUCUUCCUCUUAA